AUGGCGUCAACAAGACAGGUUCUCCGUUCUUCUGAAAAUGUUUCAGACUCGUUUGUCAACAAUCGCAAACUUCCACCAAACGAUGAGAACGCCAACCUGACACCACCAAAGCCCCCGCGUUCGGCAUUUAUGUGCUUUACCGAUGCAAAGAAAAAAGAGAUCAUGUCCCAGCAGGGAAUCCGAAAGGAGGAUGACAUUCUGAAAAUUGUUGCCAGAGAAUGGAAAGCCCUCUCCAGUUCGGCUCGGACUCAUUGGGAAGAAGAAGCACGCAAUGAUAAGAUUCGAUUUGUCCAAGAGAAAGCUGCAUACAAAGGCCCAUGGUCAGUCCCGAAACGUCGAGCCAAAAAGCAUCCACUAGCACCAAAGCGUCCCAUGUCUGCUUUUCUGAAGUAUUCACAAACUCGUCGCGCCAAGGUGAAGCAAGAAAACCCAGACAUGAGCAACACCGAUGUUUCAAGACUGCUUGGGGAGAUGUGGAGGAACGCUAGUCCUCGAGAACGAGCACCAUACGUCGAGCAGGAGGAAAGGGAAAGGGCCCUUUAUAAGGAGAAUAUUCGCAAGUGGAGAGACGAUCAAGCAAGAAUGGAUGCUGCGAGUCGCACAAGCCACCAGACAGUGCAGAACUAUCACCAUAACCAGCAUUCACAAGCACAAAUGCCACAACCCAUGCAGCGACCUUACAGAUCGGGGUUCUUCGAUAAUCUUAGAGUCGAUUCUUUUGAUGAGCAAGCAAAGAAGAGCACGUUUGGUCAGUACAUUAACCCGAACCAAACCUAUCAACAAUAUCGACAUCCAUACAAUCCAUCAUCUGCAGGAAAUUUAGACGUUCCUUUGCAUCAUGGAUCGGAACUGGGUGAAAAUGAUUUGCUUCCGCUUCCUAGAGACCCAUUGCCCCUAGAAGAUGAUCCAAUCGUAGAUCAACUCGCCAGUGGCCGCAAUACCUUCUUUUCUGACAAUCUCAAUAUGGGCUAUUAUUCCAGAUAUCCUUAG